UUUCUUCUUUGUCAGUUUAGAAAUAUUAUCUCUUGUCAACUCUUGCCUUUCUUAUUGGUAUCUCUUAAUGUAAUUGUGUAUUUAAGUAUGCUCAUAUACAGUGAAUAAUAUAUCUUCAAUUCCAUUCAAAGCUCUAAUUUUACAAUGCAUGAUCUAAUAUCAGAAAGAACAUGUCCAUUUCUUAGUAAAUCUGUUAAGCCCUCCUCUUUUCAUGUCCACAGCUCUCUUCUUCUCCCACCUCUCAUAUAAAAACACAAAGCUUCCCUAUUUUUCUCUUCAAUUCCUAUUUGAGGUAGAUAAGAAGUGAAACAAGAGAAAGCUACAAUAGCAAGAAAUCAAAGUUGUGGCUUAUUUCAUGCUUGUGGGAUUUGCUAGCUUGAUUGUAUCUCUCUUCAAUACUUGAGGUGGAUAUUAAGUGAGAAAUGAAUGCUACAAUAGCAAGAAAAGUUGUGGCCUUUUUCACGCUUGUUGGGUUCGCUAGCUUCAUUGUAACUCAUGUUUAUGGGGAUUAUCCGAAGGAAGGUUUGCUGCCAAACAAUCCUCAUAACUUCCAAAUGAAUCAAAUGCAGGAACUUAAGGCUUCAAUCCUCCGCCGUAAUUUGGCUUCUUUGAACUCUCCUUCGCCACCACCGACUGCUUCAAGUUCACGAAUUUAUAGGGCAACAGCCUAUGGUGCUGAUCCAACAGGAAAAACAGAUAGCACAGAAGCACUCCUCAAGGCUAUUUCUGAUGCUUUUAAAGCUUCAAAUAAUGGAGAUCUGAUACAGGGGAUCACCAAUCUUGGUGGUGCAGAGGUAUACCUUGAAGGAGGCUAUUUCAUGAUAAGUAGACCAUUGAGAUUGCCUGCCAGUGGUGGUGGAAAUCUAUUGAUUCAUGGUGGAUCACUGAAAGCAUCCAAUACUUUUCCGGGAGAUCAGUAUUUGAUAGAGCUAUCAGCAUCUUCAUCAACUUACACCUAUGAAUAUAUCACCUUCAGAGACCUCCUAUUAGACUCUAAUUACAGAGGAGGAGGCAUUUCAGUCAUCAACUCACUCAGAACUAGCAUAGACAAUUGUUACAUUACUCAUUUCACAACCAAUGGGAUCUUAAUCAAAGGUGGCCAUGAGACCUACAUAAGAAACUCUUUCCUCGGGCAACAUAUCACCGCCGGCGGUGAUCAUCGUGAGAAGUACUUCUCCGGCACCGCGAUCAACAUAGCGGGCAAUGAUAACGCUGUCACAGAUGUUGUCAUCUUUUCUGCAGCAAUUGGAAUAAUGGUGGCUGGUCAGGCUAACACACUCACAGGGGUACAUUGCUAUAACAAAGCAACUGGUUGGGGUGGAACAGGAAUUUAUCUGAGGCUACCUGGUUUGACACAAACCCGGAUUGUGAAUUGUUACAUGGAUUACAAUGGCAUCGUCGCAGAGGAUCCAGUUCAAUUACUAAUCUCUAAUACAUUCUUCCUUGGAGAUGGUUUCAUUUUGUUGAAGUCCAUUAAAGGUGUAAUAAAAGGUGUGAACAUUGUUGAUAAUACGUUCUCAGGAAAUGGUAAAGGGGUGGAUAUAGUCCAACUGGAUCAGUCAAAAGGACCUUUCAAGACCAUUGAUGGAGUUGUUAUCGACCGGAACAACGUAAACGCAAUGAAAUUAAGGGCAACUGUAGCAAGAGGAUUGAAAGAAGGGAAUGGAAGCUCAUGGGUUAUUGAUUUCAACAAUGUUCUACUAUUCCCUAAUCUCAUCAGGCAUGUUCAGUACAGCUUGAGCACCCCUGGUUCAGGCUCAUUCCCUAACCAUGCCUUGAGGAAUAUUUCAGGGAACCGUGUGGUGGUUGAAUCAGAUAGGCCUGUACAGGCUAGUGUUCAUGUUACAGUUGAUCAAAGUCCUAUGGAGUAAUGGAUGAACGGAUUUGGAGAAUCCACAAGAAUGAAGAAAUGAAGGCACAGGAAGGAUGGAAAUUUCAUAUUCCCAAAUGUCAUACCUAUCUUGACCUACCAAGUGAUUGAAAAUGUAGUUCCUGCACCUGAUGCUUUUGUUAAGAAGGAAAAAAAAAAAAGUCCUCAAAAUAAUAAAAAAAAGAAAAAUAAUGAAGAAAAAUAAAAUAAGAAUUGAGUAUUCAAAUUUCAAA